AUGGCACCUAGUAAGGAGUGGAUGAAUCUUGUCAAUGAUCAACUUAAUGAAGCUUAUCAAAUAGGGGUACAAAAGUUUUUAGAUUAUGCUUUAAAGAAGUUGGGUGCCAAAAAUAAGAUUCAGUGCCCAUGCACGAAAUGUUGCAAUACUGAUCUUGGAACUCGUGAGUCUAUUGAGGCACAUCUAAUGAUACAUGGAAUAUCUGAAGGGUAUACAUUUUGGUAUCAUCAUGGUGAACUAAGCAAUGAGCCUCAAUCUGAGUCUGAGGAUGAAGAAAAUGAGAUCUUACAAUAUGAUACUAGUGCUCCAGAUGAUAGUGAUGAUGAGAUCCAACAAUUCAUAAAUGAUUUGUACCCUCAGUUUAAAGGAUUAGACGAAAAUAAUGAAGAUGUUGAAUUUCCAAAUACCCAAAAUUUGCCUGAAAUGGAACCGAAUAAUGGAGCCAAACAGUUUUACAAGUUGAUAGAUGACCUUGAGCAACCAAUAUAUCCUGGUUCACUAGUUUCAAGAUUAUCUGCAAUUCUUAAAUUGUUGCAUAUAAAGAGUCUUGGUCGUUGGAGUAAUAAGUCAUUCACUAUGUUGUUGCAAUUGUUAAAAGAACUCUUACCUGAAGGGUCUUUCUUACCAGACUCAUACUAUAAUGCGAAAAAGGUAUUGCAUGACAUUGGUUUGUCUUAUGAAAAGUAUGACUCUUGUGUGAAUGAUUGCAUGUUAUAUUGGAAGACCGAUAAUGGAUGUGACUGUUGCAAGGUAUGUGGUGCUUCUCGAUGGAAGAAAGAUUAUCAUAGUGGAGAAUUUAAGAUGAAAACAAAUGGUAAGAAAAUACCAGUAAAAACUCUACAUUACUUUCCAUUAAAGCCACGACUUCAGAGGUUGUUUAUGUCUUCCAAGACAGCCUCCUCUAUGAGAUGGCAUUUUGAUAAAAGAGUAGAUGAUGGAUUGAUAAGACACCUAGCUGAUUCAAUGGCGUGGAGGGAUUUUGAUAAAGUCCAUCCAAAUUUUGCCUCAAAACCUCGUAAUGUUAGACUUGGUCUUGCUAGUGAUGGAUUUCAACCUUUUUCUAAUUCAAGAACACCAUAUAGUAUAUGGCCAGUAGUGCUUAUUCCGUAUAAUAUGGAGCCUUGGGUUUGCAUGAAGCCGUUUAAUUUCCUUUUGUCAAUGCUUAUCCUAGGACCAGAUAGACUAGGGGAUGCAAUUGAUACUUACCUCCAACCUUUGAUAGAUGAAUUAAAGGAGCUGUGGGAAUUGGGUGUUGAAACCUUUGAUGUGUCAACACAUCAAAAUUUUACGAUGCAUGCAGCUUUGAUGUGGAUGAUCAAUGACUUCCCUACUUAUGGGAUUUUAUCUGGAUGGAGUACAAAAGGAAAAUUAGCAUGUCCUUGUUGUAACAAGAAUACUUUUUCGACAAGGCUUACUAACGGUGGGAAAUAA